AGGUGAAAAAGGAAAGAUAGUGUCUCCAAGAUUAAGUCUUUCCCACUCUGCGAGUCUGAAAGAUGUCGUCAAUCGCAGAUGAAGACUACUCAAGGUCGGUGACCCUAGAAACAUCGUUUGGUGAUCUCACCGUUGAGCUCUACUACAAGGACGCACCCAGGGCUUGCAGAAACUUCAUGGAGCUCUCACGCGGGCAUCAUUAUGACGGUGUCACAUUCCACAGAGUCAUCAAGAAUUUUUUAGUGCAAGCUGGUGAUCUUUCUGGGACAGGAAAGGGUAUAAAAUCAAUUUACGGUGCAAAAUUUGAGGACGAGAUAAAACCCCAGUUGAAUCAUACUGCAGCGGGCAUUCUAUCCAUGGCAAAUACUGGUCCAAAUACGAAUGGAACCCAGUUCUUCAUCACGCUGGCACCAUGUCCAUCACUGGACGGAAAGCACACCAUAUUUGGAAGAGUUUGCAGAGGAAUGGAUACAAUCGUAGAAAUUGGCAAUGUCCCAACUGAUGACAAUGAUAGGUAUUCCUUCGUAGUGUUAUUCUCGAUCAUUCUUUUCAACAAGAGUUGGCUUCUACUGUUUGAAUUUUCUUCUCAAACCAGACAAUGGUUCCAGUCAUAUUUGUUCCUGAACUAGGUAGCACCUCCUUCAUGUAGUCAAAAUCUCAGUUUAGGGUGAAAAUAGAUGCUGUAGUAAGCUACAAUCCGAGCUCAUGUAAAGAUGAGUCUCAGAAUUUUCAUAAAGCUGAAGGGAGAGAAAGAGAUUAAUGUCAAUGGGUGAUUUAACUUAAGCAAGUUAGGUCACCUGCAAUUAUGUUUAUUGGAUGAUGAACAGCUAGCCAGUUCCCUCUUCUAUGUUUGUUGCCAUAUUCAUAAUUUUGGAGUCAAG